CGUGCAAUAUACGUUGUUACUGUUCAUCACAUUGAACUCGGUCGCGUACAGCUCAACUAUAAUGCGACUAACCAAGAUGAUCACGCUUAUGGUCAUGAAGACAUUAUCACCCAGAGCGUAUUUGUACGCGGUGUUCACUCUGUGCGUCUGGUGUGUCUUCCGAGAGGCGCUCCGCCACCAGGCGGACUCGGGCCCGGAGCCUCCGGCCCUGAGGACUCCCAGGUUGCCUCGCCGUCGGUCCUCCCAUCCCGACAUCUUCCUACCGGACGAUUUGGAGCAAGGGCGUUUCUGGCGCACACAGUUUCUGAAGACAGCUGCCAGGAUAUCGAACUCAAACCUCUCUCCAGGACCUAAUCCUGCCGGGCUGAACCUGGGCCCGACGCACCUCACCCAGGUCAUUCCAGGUGCGUGGAGGGUCUGGGAAGCCCUGGGGGGCGCCGCUCAGGUCUUGCGUCACUACCUGACCACGCCUACGGCCUCCUGUAUGAGGCUUGUUAGGAUGGGCGGCUCAUCUUGCGUCAGGAGACUCGACGGCGAUAAGCUUGUCUGCCUCGAUCCGAGAUUCGGUAUUUUCCCCAGCAAGAGGACUCUUCACUCGCCCUCUUCUUGCUUGGUGCUGUCGGUCGGCGUGGGGCAUGAUCUCUCCUUUGACCUCGCUAUGACCCAGCUUGGCUGUCGGAUCCACGCUAUCGACGAUGACGAUUCCUAUAGGUCGUGGAACCAAGAUCUAGGAGAAGGGCUGAAAUUCCACCGGGGUCGCUUGGGGACUCGCUCCGGGGCCUUCACGUUCUGUGACCAAGACAAGGGAAUCGCCUCCUGUGCAACAUUCACUUACUAUACGCUAAAGGUAAUAUGA